AUGAAUGUGCUACUUCUGAAGGAACCAAGAGAUGGAGACCAAGGACCUGAUCCUUACAUUCAGGAGAUGAAAAUACGUGGCCUUCAAGCAACUCUUCUGCCUGUUCUCUCUUUUAAAUUUGUUUCACUUAAUACCCUGACAGAAAAGCUUUUCCAACCGGAAAAACAUGGCGGCCUCAUAUUUACGAGCCCGAGAGCUGUAGAAGCUGUGAAAAUGUGCUUGAACGACAGAAGAGAAGAAUGGGAGCGCUCAGUGAAAGACAAGUGGAACGCGGUUUAUGUAGUGGGCAAAGCUACGGCUUCCUUAGUACGCCAUCUUGGUUUGAACCCCGUUGGUGAGGAUACUGGGACGGCGGAGGUUCUGUCACGUGUCAUCAUUGAAAGAGAGGACAACAGUAUCCUACCACUUUUCUUCCCAUGCGGCUCUAUCAAAAGAGAAGUUCUGCCUACGGCGUUGAGGGAGAAAGGUGUUCCCCUUGAGACGUUGACCGUCUAUCAAACAGCAGAGCAUCCUGAUGUGGUGAAGAAUCUGAAGGAGUAUUUUGCUGCACAGGGCCCCCCAGCUAGUGUGGCCUUCUUCAGCCCCUCGGGUGUCAACUUCUGCUUGCCGGCCUUGCGCGGGCUUGCUGGUGAGCGGCUCACGCAAAUUAAGUUCGCCGCCAUCGGGCCUACCACGCGGGACGCCAUGCAAACCGAGGGUUUAAGCGUCAGCUGCACUGCCGAGAAGCCCACGCCGCAGCACCUGGCGAAGGCAAUUAGCAAAGCACUGAAGUGA